AUGUACCCAAACAAUGGCAACGGCAACGGCACCGGCCUUCACACGGGCGCCGUCACUCCCCGCUCAUCGGCCUCGCUUCGUCCACUCACUCUCUCCCACGGCUCUCUCGAGACCUCCUUUUUGAUACCGACCGGCCUUCAUUUCCAUGCCUCACAAUUGAAGGAGGGAUUCGUCGCAACUUUGCCAGCCCCAACGGACGAGCUCGCUCAGGACGAUGAGCCGUCUUCAGUGGAGGAGCUGGUCGCCAGGUACAUGGGCUACAUUGCCCGCGAGGUUGCCGAGGGCGAAGACGAUGUACAAGGAUCAGGCGAGGAGGUGCUCAAGCUCAUCCUGAACGACUUUGAGAGAGUCUUUCUCCGGGGCAAUGAUGUCCACGCCCUCGUGGCCACUCUCCCUGGGAUUGACGCCAAGAAGGUGGAGGUGAUCCGCAGCUACUAUGCUGCGCGAGCUGCGCUGGACAGAGUCAUCAAGAAGCAUGAGUCGGCAUUGCUCCGGGCGGCUGAUGAAGGGGCUGCCAAGCUCUACACCAUUUUCGGCGGCCAGGGGAACAUCGAGGAGUACUUCGAGGAGCUCCGCGAGCUGUACCAGACAUACCCGUCCUUUGUUGGGGAACUCAUUGUCUCCUCGGCAGACCUCCUCCAGAAUCUGUCCAGCCAUCCGAGCGCCGAGAAGCUCUACUCCAAGGGUCUGGAUAUCAUAGCCUGGCUGCAGAACCCGGAUGCCACGCCGGACAUCGACUAUCUGAUCUCGGCCCCCGUCAGUUUCCCGCUGAUUGGCCUCGUGCAACUGGCACACUAUCAGAUCACAUGCAAGGUGCUUGGUCUCGAUCCCGGCGUCCUCCGUGACAGAAUCAGCGGGACAACAGGCCAUUCACAAGGCAUUGUCCUUGCCGCUGUCACAGCAGCUGCGGAAAGCUGGGAGUCGUUCGAGAAGAUCGCCAAAUCGGCCUUGACUAUCCUCUUCUGGAUUGGCGCGCGCAGCCAACAGACAUUCCCUAUUACCUCCCUGAGCCCGUCGAUGCUUCAGGACUCAAUCGACAAUGGAGAGGGCACUCCGACGCCGAUGCUGAGCAUUCGUGACCUUCCCCAAGACGAAGUUCAGAAGCAUAUCAACCAGACGAACAAGUACCUCCCCGAAGACCAGCACAUCUCAAUCUCCCUCAUCAAUAGUCCGCGAAAUCUGGUCGUCGCGGGUCCUCCGAGAUCACUCUGCGGCCUCAACGCGCAGCUCAGGAAGGUCAAGGCCGCCACUGGCAUUGACCAGACCAAGAUCCCUCACACUGAGAGAAAGAUCCGGUUCGUCAACCGCUUUCUGCCAAUCACGGCGCCUUUUCACAGCAAGUACCUCGCCGAGGCCACCUCCUUGAUUGCUGAGGAUCUCAAGGAUAUCCACAUCAAUGUCAAGCAGCUGGGCAUCCCCGUCUUCAACACUAACAGUGGCAAGGACGUUCGGGAAGAGAUGACUGGAAACGUUGUGCCUGCCUUGGUUCGCAUGAUCACUAGUGAUCCGGUUCAUUGGGAGCAGGCCACUGUGUUCCCGGGAGCAACGCAUAUCUUGGACUUCGGGCCGGGUGGCGUCUCAGGUCUCGGAGUGCUGACGAGCAAGAACAAGGACGGCACCGGUGUUCGCGUCAUUCUUGCGGGGACGGUGAAUGGCACGGUGAACGAGGUCGGCUACAAGUCGGAACUCUUUGAUCGCGACGAAGAGCAUGCUGUCAAGUACGCCGUUGACUGGGUCAAGGAAUAUGGUCCGAAACUCGUCACAACGUCCAGCGGACGUACCUACGUGGAUACCAAGAUGAGCAGACUCCUCGGUCUGCCGCCACUGCUAGUGGCCGGCAUGACCCCUACUACGGUGCCCUGGGACUUCGUGGCAGCGACUAUGAACGCGGGCUACCAAAUCGAGCUUGCUGGCGGCGGAUACUACGAGGCACACAAAAUGAUCGCCGCCAUUUCCCAGAUCGAGAAAGCGAUCCCUCCUGGCCGGGGCAUCACGGUUAACCUUAUUUACGUGAACCCUCGUGCCAUGGCUUGGCAGAUCCCGCUGCUUGGCAGGCUCAGGGCCGAAGGCGUGCCGAUCGAAGGUCUGACCAUUGGUGCUGGUGUCCCGUCGAUCGAGGUCGCCCAAGAGUACAUUGAGACUUUAGGCCUGAAGCAUAUCUCCUUCAAGCCAGGGUCGAGCGAAGCGAUCCAGGCUGUCAUUAAUAUCGCCAAGGCCAACCCCCGGUUCCCGGUCAUCCUCCAAUGGACUGGUGGCCGAGGCGGCGGCCAUCACUCGUUCGAGGACUUCCACGCGCCCAUACUCGCCAUGUACGGCCGUAUCCGUCGGCAAGAGAACAUCAUUCUUGUCGCAGGCAGCGGCUUCGGCGGCGCCGACGACACUUACCCUUACCUCACCGGCGCGUGGUCAACGAAGUACGGCUACCCUCCGAUGCCUUACGAUGGCUGCAUGUUUGGCAGUCGCAUGAUGGUUGCCAAGGAGGCGCAUACCAGCAGUGCUGCCAAGCAGGCCAUUGUCGACGCCCCAGGGCUGGACGAUGCCGAGUGGGAGAAGACGUACAAGGGACCCGCCGGCGGUGUCAUCACUGUGAGGUCUGAGAUGGGUGAGCCGAUUCACAAGCUUGCCACGCGCGGUGUCCUCUUCUGGGCCGAAAUGGACCAGAAGAUUUUCAGCCUGCCCAGGGAGAAGCGCGUUCCAGAGCUGAAGAAGAUGCGUGAUUACAUCAUCAAGAAGCUCAACGACGACUUCCAGAAGGUUUGGUUUGGCCGGAACAAGGAGGGCAAGGCCGUUGAUCUGGAAGACAUGACCUACGGAGAGGUUGUCCGGCGCUUGGUCGAGCUUCUGUAUGUCCAGGACGAGAAGCGCUGGAUUGACCCUUCUUUCAUCAACCUCACGGCCGACUUCAUCCACCGUGUGGAGGAGCGGUUCACGACCACUUCCGAUCAGCCGUCCCACCUUCAGAAUUACAGAGAUCUCGACGAUCCGUACCCCGCCGUCGAACGCAUUCUGUCCCACUACCCUGAGGCCGAGACACAGCUCAUCAAUGCCCAGGAUGUUCAACAUUUCUUGCUGCUCUGCCAGCGGCGUGGCCAGAAACCAGUCACUUUCGUCCCUGCUCUCGACGAAAACUUUGAGUACUUUUUCAAGAAGGAUUCUCUGUGGCAAUCUGAGGAUCUCGGCGCCGUUAUCGGCAAGGACGUCGGCAGAACUUGCAUUCUCCAAGGACCUAUGGCUGCAAAGCACUCAACCAAAGUCGACGAGCCCAUCAAGGACAUUCUGGACGGUAUUCACAAUGGUCACAUCGAGGGUCUGAUUCGAGACCUGUACAACGGUGACGCCUCCAAGAUCCCAACCGUUGAAUACUUUGGAGGCAAGCUCAUUGAGGCGGAGAUCCCCACGGACAUCGACGGUCUCACCAUCCGGACGGAUGCGGGCAAGAACACCUACCGUCUGUCUUCUUCUCCCUCGACCCAGCUCCCGUCGCUUGAGUCGUGGAUCUCGCUCAUCGCCGGGCCAAGCCGGAACUGGCGAUAUGCCCUCUUGCAAUCCGAGGUUAUCGUUCAAGGCCAAAAGUACCAGACCAACCCCAUGAGGCGGAUCUUCGCGCCAACUCGGGGUCUCCUUGUCGAAGUCCUCAACCCUGACGACCACGCUAGCACGGUUAUUGUCGUCAAAGAACAGCCCCGGCAGAACCGCUAUGUCGACGUGAUUGAGGUCAAGCUCGACGGCAAGAACGAGAUCGUUGUCAGCAUGAUCAAGGACACCACUGCUCUCGGAAAGGCCGUCGCUCUGCCCCUCCGUUUCAUCUACCGCCCCGAGGCCGGCUACGCGCCGAUUCACGAAGUCAUGGACGGCCGCAAUGAUCGCAUCAAGGAGUUCUACUGGCGUGCGUGGUUCGGUGAUGACCCGCUUGAUCUCGACACCCCUGUGUCGAGCAAGUUCGACGGCGGCAAGACAACCAUCACCAGCAAGGCCAUCAACGAGUUCGUCCAUGCUGUGGGCAACACUGGCGAAGCCUUCGUCGACCGUCCGGAGAAGAUCAUGUAUGCACCCAUGGACUUUGCCAUCGUUGUAGGCUGGAAGGCCAUCACCAAGCCAAUCUUCCCCCGCACCAUUGAUGGCGACCUCCUCAAGCUGGUUCACCUCUCUAACCAGUUCCGUAUGAUGCCUGGCGCCGAGCCCCUGAAGAAGGGUGACGAGGUCACCACCACGGCCCAGAUCAAUGCCGUGAUCAACCAGGAGUCUGGGAAGAUGGUCGAGGUUUGCGGAACCAUCACGCGGGACGGCAAGGCCGUCAUGGAAGUCACAUCUCAGUUCCUUUACCGGGGCGCCUAUACCGACUUUGAGAACACGUUCCAACGCAAGGUUGAGACGCCUAUGCAGGUCCAUCUUGCGACCUCCAAGGAUGUCGCCGUCCUCACGUCCAAGCAAUGGUUCGUCCUCGACGAUCCUGCGAAGCCAGAGGCGGUGCUGCUGGGAAAAACUUUAAUCUUCCGUCUCCACAGCCUGGUUCGCUUCAAAAACAGGACUGUGUUCAGCCACGUCGAGACACGGGGUCAGGUUCUUAUUGAGCUCCCCACAAAGGAGAUCAUCCAGGUUGCCACUGUUGAUUACGAGGCCGGCGAGUCGCACGGGAACCCGGUUAUCGACUACCUCCAGCGUCAUGGGUCGUCGAUCGAGCAGCCAGUCAACUUCGAGAACCCCAUCCCGCUCAGCGGCAAGAACCUUCUUCAGCUUCGUGCCCCGGCUUCCAACGAGACUUACGCCCGGGUCUCUGGCGACUACAAUCCCAUCCACGUCUCACGUGUCUUCGCAGCCUAUGCCAACCUCCCCGGCACCAUCACGCACGGUAUGUACUCGAGCGCCGCAGUGCGCAGCCUUGUCGAGACAUGGGCUGCCGAGAACAAGAUCGGGCGCGUCCGCAGCUUCCACGCGUCUCUCACUGGCAUGGUUCUUCCCAAUGAUGAGUUGAACGUCAAGUUGCAGCACGUUGGCAUGGUUGCCGGUCGCAAGAUCAUCAAGGUGGAGGCCAUCAACAAGGAGACAGAGGAGAAGGUGCUCCUCGGCGAGGCUGAGAUUGAGCAACCCGUCACUGCCUAUGUCUUCACCGGCCAGGGUUCCCAGGAACAGGGCAUGGGCAUGGACCUCUAUGCCAGCAGUCCGGUUGCCAGGGAGGUUUGGGACCGAGCGGACAAGUACCUGAUGGAUACCUAUGGCUUUGCUAUCACGAACAUCGUCAAGAACAACCCCAAGGAACUUACCAUCCACUUCGGCGGCCCUCGUGGCAAAGCGAUCCGGCAAAACUACAUGGCCAUGACCUACGAGACUGUCUCUGCCAAUGGCUCCAUAGCUUCCCAGCGCAUGUUCAAGGAGAUCGACGAGAAUACGACGUCCUACACGUACCGGUCUCCCAACGGUCUCCUCUCGGCCACCCAGUUCACUCAGCCGGCUCUGACGUUGAUGGAGAAGGCCAGCUUCGAGGACAUGAAGGCUAAGGGACUCGUCCCGCGUGACAGCACUUUUGCCGGCCACUCCCUCGGCGAGUACUCGGCUCUGGCUGCCCUCGCCGAUGUCAUGCCUAUCGAGUCGCUCGUCUCGGUUGUCUUUUAUCGCGGUCUGACAAUGCAGGUUGCCGUGGACCGGGACGCAGCGGGACGGUCCAAUUACGGCAUGUGUGCCGUCAACCCCAGCCGUAUCAGCAAGACCUUCAACGAAGAGGCGCUGCGGUUCGUUGUCAGCAACAUUGCCGAGACGACAGGCUGGCUUCUCGAGAUUGUCAAUUACAACAUUGCCAACAUGCAAUACGUCUGCGCCGGUGAUCUCCGAGCCCUCGACACCUUGACUGGUGUCACCAACUAUCUGAAGGCCAUGAGUCUCGACAUUGAGCAGAUGCGCAGGGAGUACGAAACGGAGGUGGUCAAGGAAAAGCUCGUUGAGAUGAUCCAGUCGUGUGCCGCGGAGACGAAGCUCAAGCCGACGCCCCUGGAGCUGCAGCGUGGUUUCGCGACCGUUCCCCUGAAGGGCAUCGACGUACCUUUCCAUUCCACCUUCCUGCGCUCCGGCGUCAAGCCCUUCCGCAGCUUCCUGCUUAAAAAGAUCAACAAGACGACAAUCGACCCCGCCAAGCUGGUCGGCAAAUACAUUCCCAACGUGACGGCCAAGCCGUUUGCACUGACUAAGGAAUACUUUGAGGAGGUGUACCGGCUCACCAACUCCCCCAAGAUUGGCCAGGUCCUGGCGAACUGGGAGAAGUAUCAGGAUGACGGCACCACGUCGGCUGCGGCUUUGACGAACAAGGUCGAUGGUGUGAAUGGUACUCAGCAGGUGAACGGGGUCGAUGCGGCAUGA